AUGGCUUCCUUUCCCUAUGAGUACAUCUUCAAGUACAUCAUCAUCGGCGACAUGGGCGUGGGCAAGUCAUGCCUGCUGCACCAGUUCACUGAGAAGAAAUUUAUUCCUGAUUCGCCACACACCAUCGGCGUAGAGUUUGGAACGCGCAUAAUCGAGGUUAUGGGCAAGAAGAUCAAGCUGCAGAUUUGGGAUACUGCCGGGCAAGAGCGGUUCCGAGCGGUUACGCGCAGCUACUAUCGUGGCGCUGCUGGCGCGCUUCUUGUGUAUGACAUCACGAGGCGGCCAACCUACAACCACCUCACAAGCUGGCUCACCGACGCGCGAAACCUUACCAACCCCAACACUGUGAUCAUGAUGAUCGGCAACAAGAAGGAUCUCGAGGACCAGCGAGACGUCACCUACGAAGAGGCCAGCAACUUUGCUAAGGAGAACGGACUCAUCUUUCUAGAGGCCAGUGCCAAGACGGGCGAGAAUGUCGAAGAGGCCUUCCUGAAGACAGCAAAGCUCAUUUUCCAGAGCGUGCAGGACGGAAGUGUUGAUGUGGGCUCGGACAUCGGUGUGACGAAGAAGACGCCGCUGGUGCCGCCAAGCGGCGGCAGUGGAGGAGGUGCCGGAGACGGAGCCGGCGGCUGCUCCUGCUGA